AUGGAAGCAUCAUUACACCAGCAUAUUUUCAACAACUAUAAUAAACGUGUCCGGCCUGGAGAUGUAGGCGAAGCUGUGAAUAUAUCUGUGGAUGUGGUGUUGGAUUACCUCCUAGGUUUGGAUGAGAAGAAUCAGAUGUUGUCAACAGGGAUGCAUUUUAUUGUUAAAUGGGUGGAUAAAGCCUUAUCGUGGAAUGAAACCGAAUUUCCAGGUCUGCAUGAAAUAUUUGUCCCAGAUACACAGAUAUGGAUUCCUGAAAUCGCCAUCCCUAAAGCCUUGAGAACAAACCUUUACCUGAAAGCGGAGAAUUACUUAGCUAACAUUAAAUCAAAUGGAACUGUAAAAUGGGUUCCUAACUUCACCGGAAAUACCCAGUGUUCAAUAGACACAACAAGAUUUCCAUUUGACAAUCAAACAUGUCUUAUUACUGCUUCGGUAUGGGUAUAUGAGACCAAACAAACACAAAUUGUUGAGACGAAAGUUCUUGUUGAACCCUCAGUAAAGGAAAAUGGACAAUGGGAGGUUAGUUCCGUAUUAGGAAAGCUGGUUCCAGACAGGAAGCAACGGAACGGUAUUGUUGUGACUCUGAACAUCCGACGGCGACGAGAGUAUUACUUGGUCAGCUUGAUAUUACCUGCUGUUGUAACCUCCUUUUUGAACCCCUUCGUGUUCCUGUUGCCGGCUGAGAGUGGGGAGAAAGUGGGAUUGGCCACGACACUGAUGCUUUUCUACUCCGUCAUGCUGAGCGUCAUUUUUGGUAGCAUCCCCGCUAACUCCCUGACCAUGCCUAUAUUUGGGAUGUUUAUUGGAGGACAGCUCAUAUUGUCAGCUCUAUCAAUCGCCUGUACGGUAGUACUUCUGAAGCUGAGGCCAAACAACAGAGAUGAGGCAGUGGACCCGAAGACUGAAAGGCCAGAGGAUGGGAACAAAACAAAGAUUAACUGCGAAAAUGGACAAUGGGAGAUUAUUUCCGUAUUAGGUAAGCUGGAUCAAGACAGGAAGCAACGGAACGUUAUUGUUGUGACUCUGAACAUCCGACGGCGACGAGAGUAUUACUUAGUCAGCUUGAUAUUACCUGCUGUUGUAACCUCCUUUUUGAACCCCUUCGUGUUCCUGUUGCCGGCUGAGAGUGGGGAGAAAGUUGGAUUGGCCACGACACUGAUGCUUUUCUACUCCGUUAUGCUGAGUGUCAUCUUUGGUAGCAUCCCCGCUAACUCCCUCACAAUGCCUAUAUUUGGGAUGUUUAUUGGAGGACAGCUCAUAUUGUCAGCUCUGUCAAUCGCCUGUACGGUAGUUCUUCUGAAGCUGAGGCCAAACAACAGAGAUAAGGCAGUGGACCCGAAGACUGAAAGCAAUGCACGCUUUGAAGCCGGCGAGGCAUUGAGAGACACUGUCGACGAAUUGCAGCCUGAGGAAUACGUCUCCAAUGAGGCAGAAGAGCUUGAGUCAGUUGUGGAACCGUCUGUGGAGGAUUUUGUUGACACGGCGGCCAAGUUCGUCCCACAAAUGUUCUAUAGGGUUCAAAUCUGGGGACCUUGA